AUGCUCCAAUUUAAUGACGAAUUACCAAGAAAUAAAUUAAGCUUCGACGUACGAGGCAAGCCGUUGUCGCAGGCACGACACUGGUCCGCACCGGAAGUGUUUGGAUCCAGGGCCUACUUCCGUACAGUAUCCGAGCCAGCGCAGCUCGUCAUCGACGACAUCCGGCGUCACGACGAGGGCGUCUACCGUUGCAGAGUGGACUUCCGGAAUGCACAGACCCGCAGCUUCCGCUAUAACCUUACAGUUAUUGUGCCGCCGGAACAGCCCACCAUCCUGGACAAGUGGGGCCGACAGCUGAACAAUUCGGUGGGCCCGCACGAGGCGGGCGACGACAUCACCCUCACCUGUAGAACGGUGGGCGGACAUCCUCAGCCCGUUGUCCGCUGGCUCGUCAAUGGCCUGCUCGUCGACGAUCAGUACGAGCACAAUGCAGGCGAUGUCAUCGAGAACAGAUUAGUUUGGCCGUCCAUUUCGCGGAAAGACCUCGACUGCCUGUUCACGUGCCAGGCGGUCAAUACCAAGCUCACCGAGCCGAAGGAGGCCAGCGUGCUGCUGCAGCUAAUACUUAAGCCGCUGACUGCAAAGAUCCAGAAGACAGUAAGCCCUCUGGUGGCUGACAAGAGAUACGAAGUGACCUGCGAAUCUGCCGGAUCGAGGCCCGCCGCUAUCAUCACUUGGUAUAAGGGCAAACGUCAGCUUAGAAGGACCAAAGAAGAAACUCGAGAAAAUGUAACAAUAAGUGAGUUAAGUUUCGUUCCUACGACGGAAGACGAUGGAAAAUCCAUAACAUGCAGAGCCGAAAAUCCAAAUGUUACGGGGCUUUAUCAAGAAACUCAUUGGAAAAUUGACGUUGUCUACCCCCCGAUAGUGGUGCUGUGUCUGGGGAGCACGCUCAAUGCUGAUGACAUCAAGGAAGGCGACGACGUAUACUUCGAAUGUCACGUGAGAGCCAACCCCCAUUGGAGACGGCUCACUUGGCUACACGAUGGUUUGGUGCUAAACCACAAUAUGUCUGGUCGCAUCAUCCACAGUAACCAAAGUUUGGUGUUACAAAAGGUUACGAGGCAAAGUGCAGGGCGCUACAGGUGCUCCGUUGUCAACAGCGAGGGGGAGACUGUCAGCGACGAGCUCGACUUCAGGGUUCAAUUUGAAACAAGAGCGCUUUCCUUUCAAGCAGUUUUGCAUUAA